AUGGCGCCUCUUGACGCGAUACCCAUCGUCCCUCUCGUGGCUAUCGUCCUGUUGGCAUAUCCGCUCUGGGUAGUGGUCUACAACCUCUACUGGAGCCCGCUGUCGAAAUUCCCAGGACCAAAAUUCGCCGCGAUCACCAACCUCCCGAACCUGUAUUGGACAACGACAGGGCAAUAUCAUUGGAAGCUCAAAGAGCUCCAUGAUAAAUAUGGAGACGUAGUUCGCACAGGUCCCAAAAUGCUCGUCUACCGGAGCCCGCAAGCCUGGAGAGACAUUUACAGCCACCGCAAAUCCGGAGCCGGGUCGUUCGUCAAGGACCCAAAGUUUUAUCUUCAGGGGCCACGAGGACCAAACAUUCUCAACGCCAAUGAUGCAGACCACUCGCGAAAAAGAAGACUUCUUUCACAUGCAUUUUCCGAAAAAGCCUUGAGGGAUCAGGAGGACCUGAUCCAAAGCUAUGUCGAUACGCUGGUGGAGCGACUGAAAGGAGAAGUCUCAGCCUCUCGGGAAACUGUUGAUAUGACUCGGUGGUAUAACUUCACCACAUUUGACAUUAUUGGGGAUUUGGCUUUUGGUGAACCCUUCGGGUGCUUGCGAGAAAGUCAAUACCAUCCAUGGGUCAAAAUGGUCUUUGUGAGCACAAAGGUCCUAGCUCUCCAACGACCUCUGGUGAUUUAUCCUGUUCUGGCACCGAUUGUGAGACAAUUUCUACCCAAAAGGCUCACAAAAAUGCGACAAGAGCAUUUUGCUUUGUGCACAGAAAAGGUGCAUCGCCGACUGGAAGUCAAGACCGAUCGACCAGAUUUCUGGACCUACAUCAUGCGGUACAAUGAUGAAAGGUCAAUGACUACGGUGGAGAUGGAAUCAAAUGCGGCGCUUUUGAUCCUCGCUGGGAGUGAAACCACCGCCAGUCUACUUUCCGGUUUUACUUACUAUACCCUGACGAACCCCAGGGCUCAUCGAAGACUCUUAGACGAGAUUCGAGGAACGUUUAAAUCCGUAGAUGAGAUUGACUUUCAAAGCGUAAGUCGAUUGACUUACCUGGGUGCGGCUCUUGAAGAGAGUCUGCGGAUUUACCCGCCUGUUCCUUCUAUUAUCCCUCGGAUAGUGCCAAAGGGCGGCGCCUUGAUAGACGGAGAAUAUGUUCCAGAAGGCAUAUCUGUGUCGGGAGCUCAUUUUUCUACCUAUCAUGCCGAAUCCCAUUUCGCCGAACCAGACUCAUUUAUUCCCGAGCGCUGGUUGGAUAGCAGAGACAAACGUUUCGAAACAGACAAUCGGGGCGCACUCCAGGCCUUCUCGCUUGGACCCCGCAAUUGUCUUGGGAGAAACCUCGCCUACGCGGAAAUGCGCCUCAUUGCCGCCAAGAUGCUAUGGACCUUUGACAUGGCUAUGGACGAGAGUUCGGCUGGCUGGGAGAAUCAAAGGUCAUACAACAUCUGGGAGAGAACUCCCUUGAUGGUGAAGCUGUCACGGGCGCAGCAUUAA